AUGUUAAAUACUUUUAUUCCACAACACAGCGCAAUUAUGGGUAAGAGAGACUUCUAUGUUGACGAUGAUCUAGUCGUCACUAAGCCGGGAGUUAAUGCCAGCAUUUCACCGGAGUUAAAAGAGAAGGAAGGUCCUCACGGAAACGUUUCUUUUAUCGAAGGAAUGAGCAUCAGAACUACACCAAUCUUGGAAAAGUAUACAAGCCAGGCAAGGACUUGGAUACACGACAAAUGGUUGAUAUACGGGAGCGAGUUGAGCACCCAAAAGUCGGCAAUUGUAAAUGAGUAUCGUUCUAUAGCGAACGACGUUUCUCUUCUGAUCAAGGAACCUGUAUUGCCAAACUUAAUUUAUAUCUUGACCUCAACCCUUACCGGGUCCAUCUUGGUUAACAGAAGAUCAUUACCCUUGAGAUUUUUGAGUCCCAUUUUAUUUGGUACUGUAGCUACCUCAUACUUCAUGCCUCACACCUUUGAAACCUUAGCAGGAAAAUUGGACCGUUAUGAAAAGGAGACUGUCCCUGAAGUGUACGAUGCACAUCAGGACUUGGUCAAGAAGUACGAAGAGCUCAAGAAGGAAGGUGAAGCUGGAGUUGAAGACUUACUGGUGAAACUUACUAAUGGAGUUCACGACGCCAGAAUUAGGAUAUUGGAGUACCUUGACGAGAAGAAAAAAUAG